AUGACCACUGAUAUCCUGGCACUGACGCCACCGAGGAUAUAUUCUGAGACGGCAGAGAAAUAUGGAACCAUUCCUGUCGACAGCCAUUCUCUAGUAAUUCUUAAGAGACGGCUAGGAAACGCUGGAGUUUACAGACCUAAUGCCUCUGAUGGAAUUGUCCAGUAUGCUAAUGGACUAGCGUGGUUCCAGACUGGAAACAAGGACACUACAGUUGAUGAUAUGCGAACCUCUCUCCGAACUUUCACCCGCGGUAGUACGGAUAAGUGGAUCGGACUGGAACAUGCCAAGUCCCAGGAUGAUACUCCUUACCGACUCCCGCGGGUACAUUAUUUCCCGCCACCGCCUCCAGUGCCUUCUAAAUCGCGCGAGAUGUUGCAAGCCACUUUCCCCGCCUCCGUGAUCCCAAGGGUGGUUGUGCUCUAG